UUUCACGGAAGCUGAAUGGAAAAUACAGACUUGAGCGACUUGUUCCAACGGCGGUCUAUCAGCACAUGAAAAUGCAUAAGCGAAUUCUUGGACACUUGUCAUCUGUCUACUGUGUAACUUUUGAUAGAACUGGCAGACGGAUAUUUACUGGUUCUGAUGACUGCCUUGUGAAAAUCUGGGCAACAGAUGAUGGAAGAUUAUUAGCUACUUUAAGAGGACACGCUGCUGAAAUAUCAGACAUGGCUGUAAACUAUGAGAAUACCAUGAUAGCAGCUGGAAGUUGUGAUAAAAUGAUCCGAGUCUGGUGUCUUCGAACAUGUGCACCUUUGGCUGUUCUUCAAGGCCACAGUGCAUCUAUAACAUCACUACAGUUCUCACCAUUGUGCAGUGGCUCAAAGAGAUAUCUAUCUUCUACAGGGGCAGAUGGCACUAUUUGUUUUUGGCUGUGGGAUGCUGGAACCCUUAAAAUAAAUCCAAGACCUGCUAAAUUUACAGAGCGCCCUCGGCCUGGAGUUCAAAUGAUCUGUUCUUCUUUUAGUGCUGGUGGCAUGUUUCUGGCCACAGGAAGCACGGAUCAUAUUAUUCGGGUUUAUUUUUUUGGAUCAGGUCAGCCAGAGAAAAUAUCAGAAUUGGAGUUCCAUACUGACAAAGUUGACAGUAUCCAGUUUUCCAACACUAGUAACAGAUUUGUGAGUGGGAGCCGUGAUGGAACAGCACGUAUUUGGCAAUUUAAACGAAGAGAAUGGAAGAGCAUUUUGUUGGAUAUGGCUACUCGUCCGGCAGGCCAAAACCUUCAAGGGAUAGAAGAUAAAAUCACAAAAAUGAAAGUAACUAUGGUAGCAUGGGAUCGACAUGACAAUACAGUUAUAACUGCAGUUAAUAACAUGACUCUGAAAGUUUGGAAUUCUUACACCGGUCAACUAAUUCAUGUCCUGAUGGGUCAUGAAGAUGAGGUAUUUGUCCUUGAGCCACACCCGUUCGAUCCAAGAGUUCUCUUUUCUGCUGGUCACGAUGGAAAUGUGAUAGUGUGGGAUCUGGCAAGAGGAGUCAAAAUUCGAUCUUACUUCAAUAUGAUUGAAGGCCAAGGACAUGGUGCAGUAUUUGACUGCAAAUGCUCUCCUGAUGGUCAGCAUUUUGCAUGCACAGACUCUCAUGGACAUCUUCUAAUUUUUGGUUUUGGCUCCAGUAGCAAAUAUGACAAGAUAGCAGAUCAGAUGUUCUUUCAUAGUGAUUAUCGGCCCCUUAUUCGUGAUGCCAACAACUUUGUAUUAGAUGAACAGACUCAGCAAGCACCUCACCUCAUGCCUCCUCCUUUUUUGGUUGAUGUUGAUGGUAACCCUCAUCCAUCAAGAUAUCAGAGAUUAGUUCCUGGUCGUGAAAAUUGUAGGGAGGAGCAACUCAUCCCUCAAAUGGGAGUAACUUCCUCAGGACUGAAUCAAGUUUUAAGUCAGCAAGCAAACCAGGAGAUCAGCCCACUGGACAGCAUGAUUCAAAGACUACAACAGGAGCAAGACCUGAGACGUUCUAGUGAAGCAGGUAUCAGUAAUACCAGCCGUUUAAAUAGAGGCUCUGUAAGUUCUACCUCAGAGGUUCAUUCACCACCAAAUGUAGGACUAAGACGUAGUGGACAAAUUGAAGGUGUACGGCAGAUGCAUAGCAAUGCACCAAGAAGUGAAAUAGCCACAGAGCGGGAUCUGGUAGCUUGGAGUCGAAGGGUUGUGGUACCUGAGCUAUCAGCCGGUGUAGCCAGUAGGCAGGAAGAAUGGAGAACUGCAAAGGGAGAAGAAGAAAUAAAAACUUACAGGUCAGAAGAGAAAAGAAAACACUUUGCUGUUCCAAAAGAAAAUAAAAUACCCACUGUUGCAAAGAAUCAUGCUCAUGAGCAUUUCCUGGAUCUUGGAGAAUCCAAAAGGCAGCAGACAAAUCAACACAAUUAUCGUACAAGAUCUGCAUUGGAAGAGACUCCUAGACCUUCAGAAGAGAUAGAAAAUGGCACUAGUUCUUCAGAUGAAGGGGAAGUUGUUGCUGUCAGUGGUGGAACGUCUGAAGAGGAUGAGAGAGCAUGGCACAGUGAUGGCAGUUCUAGUGACUACUCUAGUGAUUAUUCUGACUGGACAGCAGAUGCAGGAAUUAAUCUGCAGCCACCAAAGAAAAUUCCUAAGCAUAAAACCAAGAAAGCAGAAAGCAGUUCAGAUGAAGAAGAAUCUGAAAAACAGAAGCAAAAACAGAUUAAAAAGGAAAGGAAAAAAAGAUUGGCUGUAGGAGAACUCACGGAAAAUGGUUUGACAUUAGAAGAAUGGUUACCUUCAACAUGGAUUACAGAUACUCUUCCCCGAAGAUGUCCAUUUGUGCCACAGAUGGGAGAUGAGGUUUAUUAUUUCCGGCAAGGACAUGAAGCAUAUGUUGAAAUGGCCCGGAAAAAUAAGAUUUAUAGUAUCAAUCCCAAAAAACAGCCGUGGCAUAAAAUGGAACUACGGGAACAAGAACUGAUGAAAAUAGUUGGCAUAAAGUAUGAAGUAGGAUUACCUACCCUUUGCUGCCUUAAACUUGCUUUUCUUGAUCCUGACACUGGUAAACUGACUGGUGGAUCAUUUACCAUGAAAUACCAUGAUAUGCCUGAUGUUAUAGAUUUCCUAGUCUUGAGACAACAGUUUGAUGACGCAAAAUAUAGGCGGUGGAACAUAGGUGACCGUUUCAGAUCAGUCAUAGAUGAUGCCUGGUGGUUUGGAACAAUUGAAAGCCAGGAACCUCUUCAGCCUGAGUACCCUGAUAGUUUGUUUCAGUGCUAUAACGUUUGCUGGGACAAUGGAGAUACAGAAAAGAUGAGUCCUUGGGAUAUGGAGCUUAUUCCUAAUAAUGCUGUAUUUCCUGAAGAACUAGGUACCAGUGUUCCUUUAACUGAUGUUGAAUGCAGAUCAUUGAUCUAUAAACCUCUUGAUGGAGAAUGGGGUUCCAAUCCCAGGGAUGAAGAAUGUGAAAGAAUUGUUGCAGGAAUAAACCAGUUGAUGACACUAGAUAUUGCUUCAGCGUUUGUGGCCCCUGUAGAUCUGCAAGCCUAUCCCAUGUAUUGCACUGUAGUGGCGUAUCCAACGGAUUUAAGUACAAUUAAACAAAGACUGGAAAACAGGUUUUACAGGCGAGUUUCUUCCCUAAUGUGGGAAGUUCGAUAUAUAGAGCAUAAUACACGAACAUUUAAUGAGCCUGGAAGCCCUAUUGUGAAAUCUGCUAAGUUUGUGACUGAUCUUCUUCUACAUUUUAUAAAGGAUCAGACUUGUUACAACUUAAUUCCACUGUACAAUUCAAUGAAGAAGAAAGUUUUGUCCGAUUCUGAGGAAGAAGAGAAAGAUGCUGAUGUGCCAGGAACUUCUACCCGAAAAAGAAAGGACCAUCAGCCUAGAAGGAGAUUACGUAACAGAGCUCAAUCUUAUGAUAUUCAAGCAUGGAAGAAACAAUGUCAAGAAUUAUUAAAUCUCAUAUUUCAAUGUGAAGAUUCUGAGCCUUUCCGCCAGCCAGUAGAUCUCCUUGAAUAUCCAGACUACAGAGACAUCAUUGACACUCCAAUGGAUUUUGCUACUGUUAGAGAAACUUUAGAGGCUGGGAAUUAUGAGUCACCCAUGGAAUUAUGUAAAGAUGUCAGACUUAUUUUUAGCAAUUCCAAAGCCUAUACACCAAGCAAAAGAUCAAGGAUUUACAGCAUGAGUUUGCGCCUGUCUGCUUUCUUUGAAGAACACAUUAGUUCAGUUUUAUCAGAUUAUAAAUCUGCUCUUCGUUUUCAUAAAAGAAAUACAAUAACCAAAAGGAGGAAGAAAAGAAACAGAAGCAGCUCUGUUUCCAGUAGUGCUGCAUCAAGCCCUGAAAGGAAAAAAAGGACCUUAAAACCCCAGCUAAAGUCAGAUAUCUCUACCUCUCCAUUCUCUACACCUACACGAUCAAUACCACCGAGGCAUAAUGCCACUCAGAUAAAUGGUAAAACAGAAUCCAGUUCUGUAGUUCGAACCAGAAGCAAUCGAGUGGUUGUAGAUCCAGUUACCACUGAGCAGCCAUCUACUUCUUCUGCAGCAAAGGCUUUAAUUUCAAAAGCUAAUACAUCUGCAAUGCCAGGGAAAACAAUUCUAGAAAAUUCUGUGAAACAUUCCAAAACCUUGAAUACUCUUUCAAGUCCUGGUCAGUCCAGUAUUAGUCAUGGCACUAGGAAUAAUUCUGCAAAAGAAAACACAGAAAAGGAAAAGCCAGUCAAACGUAAAGUGAAAUCAUCUGUACUCUCAAAAACAUCCACUCUUUCAAAGUCAUCACCCGUCAUGGAGCAAGCAGAUUGCAGGAACAAUGCUCUUGUACCAGGAAGCAUUCAAGUAAAUGGCCAUGGAGGGCAGCCAUCUAAACUUGUAAAGAGAGGACCUGGAAGGAAGCCUAAGGUAGAAGUUAACACCAAUAGUGGUGAAGUUAUACACAAGAAAAGGGGUAGAAAGCCCAAAAAACUACAGUAUGCAAAGCCAGAAAACUCAGAGCAAAAUAAUGUACAUUCAAUCAGAGACGAAGUAGUUCCUUCUUCAACAUGCAGUUUUCUUUCUGAAACUAAUACUGUAAAGGAGGAUCUGUUACAGAAAAAAAGUCGUGGAGGCAGAAAACCGAAAAGGAAGAUGAAGACACAAAAACUAGAUUCAGAUCUCAUAGUUCCUACAAGUGUUAAAAUGCUAAGGAGAAGUAACCGAAAAAAGACAGAUGAUCCUAUGGAUGAGGAAGAAGAGUUUGAGGAACUUAAAGGCUCUGAACCCCACAUGAGAACUAGAAACCAAGGUCGAAGGACAGCUUUCUAUAAUGAGGAUGAUUCUGAAGAGGAGCAAAGGCAGCUGUUGUUCGAAGACACCUCUUUGACUUUUGGAACUUCUAGUAGAGGACGAGUCCGAAAGUUGACUGAAAAAGCAAAAGCUAAUUUAAUUGGUUGGUAACUUGUACCAAAAUAUUUUACUUCAAAAUCAUAAAGCAGGUACAG